GUGAAGUUCUUUACAGAGAGAGAGAAAGAGGGGGGAAAGAACAAGAGAGCGACCACAUUCUUUAUUCCUCUCACAAUUUCCCCCAAAUGCUUCGCCGAAUUCUAACUGAAAUACAUUCUGGGUCCGAAUCUUUUCCUUCUUUCGAUCAAAUCUAAACAAACUUGCCCUCAAGGUACAAAGAUCAGUCGUCUAAUUUCACAUUCUUUAUGAAGUUAUGAAUCUUUAGUCAGAUGGAUUCGCUUAUCGACGGAGUUCGUUCUUUGCCACCCAGCCAUAACUCUGCCACCAUGUCAACCUUCAAUCCGCGUUCAAGAAGCCGACCUCCUCAUCCGCGCUCCGCAAAACAAUCAAACCGAGAAAUAUCUCCAUCUUCAUCCCAUUUCUUACCAGAUAUCUCCACAAUGUCUGUUGCAAGUUCUUAUAAAACCUCCAAGGAUUACAUCGAAAAGGAAGCCAUACCAUCUACCCACUCAAAACCUAAUUCUGCACCCGAUAAACGGAAACCAGAUGUUCAAUCGGCGAGAGAUUACUUCCAUAACCACAUCCUAGAGGUGGAAGCUAAAUUCGGAAGCAAACAGCCCAUCAAUCCACCAAUGGGCAUGAACACAGAUCGUGGACAUGGUCAUGGUCCUGUUCCUAGCGCAAGCCCACAAAACAGUUUCUAUUCCGUCACACAGUUUUCAGAAGCCAAAGAAAGCUUCACCAGCACAGAGGUGAGCGAGUUUGCAAGCACAAUCGGUAAGGAUGACGAAAGUGGUCAAAUCAGUGGUCAAACUAGCGACUAUCUUGAAAGCAACAAGACAAGUAGUAUAUACAGAGAAAGCACUGGAAGCGAUCUAAGCGAUGAUAGUACCUCAAGCAGUUUCAAUAGCGCCAUUUUCAAACCCCACAAGCAAAACGACACAAGAUGGGAAGCAAUUCAAAUCGUAAGAUCCAGAAACGAAACUGGUAUGAUAGAAAUCAGAAACUUUAGACAUCUAAAGAGAUUGGGAUGUGGAGACAUAGGAAGUGUUUAUCUUUCUGAGUUGAUCGGGACACAAAACUACUUCGCCAUGAAAGUGAUGGACAAAACUGCCCUCGCAAGCAGGAAUAAGCUCUUGAGGGCACAAACGGAAAAGGAAAUCCUGCAAUCUCUUGAUCACCCGUUUCUCCCCACUUUAUAUGCACAUUUUGACACCGAAAAGUUGUCAUGUUUAGUCAUGGAGUAUUGCCCAGGUGGCGAUUUGCAUGCUCUCCGCCAAAAACAACCUGGAAAGUUCUUCCCGGAGCACGCAGUCAGGUUUUAUGUAGCAGAAGUGCUCCUUGCUUUGGAGUAUUUGCAUAUGCUUGGGAUCAUUUACAGAGACCUUAAACCAGAGAAUGUAUCCAUGAGAACCACCACCACCACUGUGGAACCGAAAACCUCCGAUUCCCGUGAUCAGCCUGCUUGUAUCGAACCAUCUUGCAUGGUUCAGCCAUCCUGUAUGCAACCCUCCUGUUUCAGUCCCCGUUUUAUGAGCAAACCCAAGAAAGAAAAGAGAUCAAAACCAAAAACAGAGAUUUACAACCAAGCGAUUCCAUUACCUGAGCUGAUUGCAGAGCCGACAAAUGCCCGGUCGAUGUCGUUUGUUGGGACCCACGAGUAUCUGGCACCGGAGAUCAUCAAGGGUGAAGGGCAUGGGAGUGCUGUGGAUUGGUGGACGUUUGGGAUUUUUCUAUACGAGCUUUUGUUUGGUAAAACUCCGUUCAAAGGGGCGAGUAAUCGGGCGACGUUGUUCAAUGUGGUUGGGCAUCCGUUGAGGUUUCCAGAAACGCCUUCGGUUAGCUUUGCAGCGAGGGAUUUGAUUAGAGGAUUAUUGGUGAAAGAACCGCAGCAUCGGCUUGCUUACAGGAGAGGGGCGACGGAGAUCAAACAGCACCCAUUUUUUCAGAGUGUGAAUUGGGCGUUGAUCCGUUGUGCCACUCCGCCGGAUAUUCCGAUUCCGUCGCCGGAGAGAGUAGAGGUAAAGCCUACUGGUAGCUACUUAGAGAUUGAUUUCUUUUAG